AUGGAGUACCAUCUGUACGAAAACACGGACAUUUUGUUGUUAAAUGAAAAUUCCCCGAGUUCGAAAAGUUCCUGGAACCUGGCUAGCGACAAUAGCAUGGAACCCAAUGACGAAUAUUUCGGCUGGAACGCGUUGAAAAUUGACGAGGAAAAGUUCAACACAAACACGCGCAAACGCAAGCUGGUCGACGAAGAGGAACUCAAACUCAAAACAUCCGACUUAAUAAAUAAAAUUAAUAACAAAGACCCCCUUUCCCUUGACGAAAAACCAACGAACGUCAAUAAGAAGGCUUCAAUACAUAAGGGUGAUCGGACCGCUCAUUGGACAGUGGAUGAUUAUAAUGAACUCAACGAAGAAAUUGACAGUUCCCUUAGCCUUGGAUCGGAAUUGGCUAAUAAUUCAUACAGCGAUGCAAUUCUGCAAAUCAACAACAUGACAGUCCUGAAACAGGAGGCCCCUUCGCCGGGGUCCAAUGACAUGACCAACCUCCAAGUGGCCAGGGAGAGCCGACAGAGCCCCACGUCCACGCAACAAGGCCCUAUUGUUGCCCUCAGCAACAUGGAGGACAACAACAGCCAGAACAUGUUCAAUAAUACCAUCAAUCAGCUGUUGAGCCAAACUGGAUUUGUCAAUUUACAGAAUGUUAUGGAUGGGAACAAUUUGGCGUCUCCCAGCUCACAGGACAGCUUUAAUGUGUCUUCCACCAACUACCACUUGAUGGAAGAUAACCGAUUCCAGUACGUAUUGGCAGCUGCAACCAGUAUCGCAACCAAACAAAACGAAGACACGCUUACCUAUCUAAAUCAAGGCCAAAGCUAUGAAAUCAAGCUAAAAAAACUGGGCGAUCUUUCAAUGCACAGAGGGAAAAUGUUAAAGUCAGUGAUUCGUAUUUGCUUCCACGAACGUCGACUUCAGUAUAUGGAGAAAGAACAGAUGACUUUAUGGCAAAAAGCAAGACCAGGAGAUCGUAUAUUGGAAGUUGAUGUUCCCCUCUCAUAUGGUGCCUUUGAUAUUGUUCAACCUUCCAAUGCACUGAACAUUAUCAAUUUCACCUGGGAUCCUACAAAAGAAGUCGGAGUUUACAUCAAGAUAAACUGUAUCAGUACAGAAUUCACUCCCAAAAAGCAUGGCGGUGAAAAAGGUGUCCCGUUUAGAAUUCAAGUGGAAACUUAUCAGAAUAGCGACAAUUUUGAUGGUUCCAGGCGUCUUCAUGCGGCUGCUUGUCAAAUAAAAGUGUUCAAAUUAAAAGGUGCCGACAGAAAACACAAGCAGGAUCGCGAGAAGAUUCUAAAGCGACCGAUAUCCGAGCAGGAAAAGUACCAGCCGAGCUACGAGUGCACAGUUUUGAACGACAUACCUAACGAGGCUGUGUUGACUUCCCCUCCAAUUGCCCCAUUGGUUUCCGCUGUAGAAAGUGUAACGCCAAAUGUCAGUCUCACUCCACCCAAACUAGUUCCCAAAAUAGACAACGAUGUCCAUGUCCAGGCAGUCGUCAUUCCACCCCAAAUCACCAUUCAAAAUUGCGGAAUUGAGAAAAAAGUCGAACACAACAAGGUAACUGACAUUACAAACGCAGAUUUCGAACAGCUCUGUUCCGAUUCUUCGCCCGACCAAACGGUAAACUGGUUGACCACGAACCGUUUCGAAAAAUAUCUGCAAACUUUUUGCAGUUUUUCGGGAGCUGACAUGCUGCGCAUGUCCAGAGAUGACCUCAUCCAGAUCUGUGGUCACGCCGAUGGUAUACGAAUGUACAAUGUUUUACAUUUGAGAACCAUCGCGCCAAAACUAAAAAUAUACGUUUGCCGCGAAAAAUCGUCCGUUUUCAACGCCGUGUUCCUCUUCUCCUUCAACAACAACGAACUAGUACAAAAACUAUCGUCUGUGAUCAACGUACCUUACGAUAAAAUCAAAGACAUCUACAUCGAGGGUCCUCAGUCCAUACACAUCCGUCUGACCAACGACGUGCUCAGCCACGUCAAGGAGGAAACGAUGUUUUUGUUGGAAGUGAUUCAGGAUAGUGACAGUUUUAUUUUGCUUUUGAAACGUACUCUACCGUAG